AAUUGACAAAAAUAGUUCCAAUAAGCUUAUUUGUGAAAGUCUUGACAAGCUUAAUGACUAUGCUCCACUUUCUUUUUACCACAGAGGUGCAAGGUUACUCAUCCCACUCAAGCAUAUGCCACUAUGGAGCUUGUGAAAGAAUUAGUUCAGAAAGCUAUGCCAUCGCUCAGUAAUCAUGAAAUGGACUUACUCAUAGCGAGACUGGAGGAGAUUGGAGUAAACAAUGUAGAUGACCUUAACUUUGUCAAGACUGAGGAUGUCGAUGGAAUUCUGCCACCCAUUCAGCAGAGAAGACUAAUUCAAGCUUUCACUGCAGAGUCACAAGCUGUACUUGGCUCUGCUUCGACAUCUCUGCAACAAAAUGUCCAUCUGCCCCAAACUCCACCUCCGACACCUGGUCCCAUGGAGGAUUCUCCAUCCCGGGAGACAUAUGAUGUCCCAUGGCACAAAAUGCCCCCAAACCUCAUGCUUGCCUUAAGUGAAAAGAAAAGACCAAAGCCUAAAGAGAGAAGAGAGCUGGUUCGUAUAGUCAUUGACGAUGUACUCCGUAAAGAGCGUGGCAGGCCUGGAAGAGCAAAGCUGCGGGAGAUUGCCAAGAAGAUUGUAGAACAAUAUCCCUGCUCUUUUCAAGACAGAGAGCUCAAUGGAACUAAAGUCAUUGGAACAGGAUGUGAUGCUCUCUUCAUACAGCUAGAAAACAGACUUGAAAAUAUUAGAAGGCCAUUUACCUUCAGCUCAACAAAGAGGCCAGCAGAGGGUGAAGACGCAGUGAGAAAAAAAAAGUCUACACUCUCAGAUCGUUAUGGAUGUGUGAGUGGCAGUGGCAGCCUGUUGUUGAGGAUAUAG